GUUACCUUCCAAUGUCUCCCCAACUCUCUCUUCUGUCUCUCCUCCUUCUUCACAUUGCCAUUCUUCCAUCUCUGCAACAAAAACUCAGCCCCGUCGAUCUCGCGGCUCUUGCUGAUAUCAAAUCCACUCUCACUGACAUUCCCCGCUCCGACUUCUUCUCCUCCUGGGACUUCACCUCGCCCGAUCCCUGCUCCUCCUUCGCCGGCGUCACCUGUUCCCUCUCUCGAGUCACCACUCUCAGUCUCGGAACCGGCUUUACGGACUCACCUGGACUCGCCGGCUCCCUGUCCCCCUCCAUCUCCAACUUAACCUCCUUAACCCAGCUCAUUCUCUUCCCCGGCCUCGUCACCGGCCCCAUCCCUCCCCAACUCGGUCAACUCUCAGACCUCCGUGUCAUUUCCUUGACGAACAAUCGCUUAACGGGGACGAUACCCACUUCGUUUAGAUCUCUCAAGAGCUUGCACACACUCGACCUGAGCUUCAACCAGCUCACCGGGGAAAUCCCGCCAAGUUUGACGAGCCUUCCAGAGCUGAAAGUUCUCAUUUUGGCGUCGAAUUCGUUGUCGGGUGAGUUACCCGGCGUGUCGACUCAGUUGCUGCAUUUGGAUUUGAAGAAGAAUAGGCUCACCGGACCGUUAAGAUCCCUGCCGUUAACGUUGCGCUAUGUGUCGCUAUCUGACAAUUCUUUGACGGGCCCACUCAACGGCCUACAAUCACUCUCAGAGUUAGUGUACCUCGACUUAAGCAUGAACAAAUUCAAUGGGCCCAUCCCGGCCCAACUAUUCAAUCCUUCUUUGUCUUCAAUGUUCUUACAACGGAACAAUUUAUCCGGUGGGCUCCCAUCAAGGUUCGUCGGCCUCACAUCAUCACGAUCAUAUGGUGAGGGAUCGAUCGUCGAUCUUAGCCACAACUUCUUGACAGGGGAGUUAUCACCCAUCUUAGCAGGUGCCGAGAGCUUGUUCUUGAAUAAUAACCGUCUGAUUGGAGCCGUACCACAAGAGUACAUUCAAAGUGUGUUAGACGGAACAACCAAAACAUUAUACUUACAACAUAAUUACUUGUCAAAGUUUCCUUCAAAACCCGGAUUAGUGUUACCUAAUACGGUGUCAUUAUGUUUAACGUAUAACUGUAUGGUGCCCUCAAUCGGGAUGAUGUCAUGCCCUGCAAGUGCCGGUGGACAAAUCUCGAGACCAACGUCACAAUGUUCAGCGUUUAAGGCUCACAACUCAAUAGAUUAAGUCAUAAAUAUCUUAUACGUUAUAGGAAUAUUCUUAUGAGUGGUAACAUUUUUUUUUUUUUUUAAUUUUUUUGUUUUGUUUUGUAUUUAUUACUAAAAGUGGUUGAAUUUGUAUUUAAAGGGGGUGAAAAAAAAUAUAGAUUAUAAAUUAAAAAGUCGAGGCAUUAUUUGGCCAUUAUUAUAGUGUGGUGAGUUGGUGUGUACUUAGUAAUCUCUAGAAACCUUUUGUUUAUUCUUGUUUAUUGACGUGUGCCCUAGUUUGAUAAUAAAUUUUAUUUUUGUUAA